CUUCUAUAAUCUAUACCCUAAAACUAAGACAGCUUGAUUAGUACUCCAUAAAUAAUUUUCUUUUCUCUUUUUCUUUAGCUCUUCUAUGCAUCAUCGAACUCUUCGCUUCAAGCAAUCCACAAGUUUCCAUGCAUUUUCCGCUGCCAUGAGAAUAUGAUAUACGUUAUGGCAUGCAAGACCAUAUAUGAAAACAACUAAUAAUACAGCUCACUACACACAACGCAAAGAACAACUCUGCCCUUACCCACUCUUCAUCACUUACUCGUUUUCUUUUUCAGGCCAUGAUUAUUAUAGCAACAAUAUUUGCAUUUGCAUUGGGGAUUGUUGGAUGGAUUUAUGUAGCACUCAAACCACCAAGCCCAAAGAUAUGUGGAACACCAAAUGGUCCUCAAGUAACUUCACCUAGAGUUAAGCUCAAUGAUGGAAGGCAUUUGGCCUACAAAGAAUUUGGAGUUCCCAAGGAAAAGGCUCAAUACAAGAUCAUUCUUUCACAUGGCUAUAAUGCUUCCAAAGAUAUGCACAUAGCUGUUUCUCAGGAAUUUAUGGAGGAGGUUAAAGCAUACAUGGUAAUAUAUGACAGAGCUGGUUAUGGUGAGAGUGAUCCAUAUCCAUCACGCUCAGUAAAGACAGAAGCAUUUGACAUCGAAGAAUUAGCAGACAAAUUGAAGCUUGGAAGCAAAUUUUAUGUUAUUGGAUGUUCACUGGGAGCAUACCCUAUAUGGGGUUGUCUAAAAUACAUUCCACACAGACUCCUAGGAGCUUGCUUGGUAGUUCCUUUUGUUAAUUAUUGGUGGCAUGCAACUCCAUCAGCUUUAGCAAAAAGAUCAUUUGAGCAGCUUCCUAAAUCUUUCCAACUUACAUUUGGAAUUGCACAUCACACACCCUGGUUAUAUUACUGGUGGACCAAACAAAAAUGGUUCCCUUCAAUGAUGGAUGAAGGGAUGUUCACUGAUUCAGAUUUCGAGUUAUUCAUGGGGGUCAUGAACACCCUCGAUAAUCGACCCGAAAAAAGAAGACAACAGGGGGAACAUGAAAGUCUUCAUCGAGACCUAUUUGUAUCAUUCGGAAAUUGGGAUUUUGAUCCAAUUGAAAUGGCAAAUCCAUUCACUCAUUGUAAUAGUAAUAAGAGUUGUGUUCAAAUGUGGCAAGGUAGUGCAGACCGUGUCGUCCCGGUCGAAUUGAAUCGUUUUCUAGCAAGGAAACUUCCAUGGAUUGAGUAUCAUGAGAUUCCCAAUGCUGGCCAUAUGUUAUUUCAUGAUCAUCGAAGCUUAGAGGCCAUCAUGAGGGCACUUCUACCUCCAUAACUUUUAAAGUAUAAAAGUUAAAUAAUGCAUAUAUUUUGUAUCAAGGAACUUUGUAUAACGUUUUAUCGAGGAACCCUUUAUAGUUUGUUCAAUAAAACAAUGCAUGAUUUUGUUUCUACAAGUUAAAAAUACAAUUUCAUCUUUAGACUUUCAUGAAUUGUUAUCUUACUUGUCAUUUUGUAACCGAUUAGUUUUUGAACUUUAAUAUAGAACAAGUAUAUGUUUUAAAA